AGCAAAAGGGCGUUUUUGUACCGGCCUGGAUCCUUGUUCUUUCACGAACUGUUCUUGAGCAUGUCCCAAACACUUGGGGUCUUCACGGAUUUAACUUUCCCUGGCCCUGUCCUUUGCAUCCCAGGGCAAGCGUAAACUAGACUUGUACUAUAAUUUAUCUCUUCGUUUCCAAUGAUCACACCCUCAACGAUACCACGAAAAUGACAAUGGACUACGUAGCUCUGCCCAAGAUCGAGCUCCAUGCUCACCUGAGCGGCAGCAUCAGCAGGCAAUGCCUCCACGAAGUCUGGCUCAUGAAGAAGGAGGCCGGCGAGACCGACCUCGCCGACCCCUUGGUGGAGAUGCCCGAUGGGAAGCAUGACUACAACCUCAAGACGUUCUUCCCCCUCUUCUCCUCCUACAUCUACCACCUCGUAGACGACCUCCCCGCCCUGCGCCACACAACCCUCUCCGUGCUCAGCGACUUCGCCAACGACGGCGUCGUCUACCUCGAGCUCCGCACCACGCCGCGCGCCCUGCCGAGGUCGGGGCUGUCCAAGGCGGGCUACGUCGAGGCCAUCCUGGCGGCGAUCCGCGAGUUCGAGGGCGCCGACGCCGCCGAAGCCCCCAGGGAUUCCGGGCCCGUCACGGCGCGCCGGCGGCUCCACACCCGCCUGAUCCUCUCCGUGGACCGCCGCAACACCCCCGGCGAGGCGGCCGAGGUGGUCGAGCUGGCCCGCCGGUUCCAAGCCCGCGGCGUCGUCGGCGUCGACCUGUGCGGCGACCCCCUCCGCGGCGGCGUGGGGCGCCUGCAGCCCGCGUUCGAGGCCGCGCGCCGGGUGCCCGGGCUGGGCGUGACGCUGCACUUUGGCGAGGCCGAGGCGAGCGGGUCCGACGAGGAGCUGCUCAUGAUGCUGCGCGAGUGGGCGCCGCGCCGCAUCGGGCACGUCAUCCACCUCAGCGACGCCGUCAAGCGCGAGGUCGCCGCGUACCCCGGCGGGCUGGGGCUGGAGCUCUGCCUGAGCUGUAACGUGCGUGCUGGGAUGGUCAGCGGGGGGUUCGAGGGGCAUCAUUUUGGGGAGUGGUGGAAAGUCGAGGAGUGCACAGUGGUGCUAUGUACCGACGACGUGGGCGUCUUCGGCAGCCCCCUGUCAAACGAGUACAGGCUGGUGGCCGAGCACUUUGGCCUCUCAGGGCCCCAGAUACGCGCCCUGGCUAGGAAAAGCAUCGAGGUCAUCUUCGCGGGGCCGGAGGAGAAGCAGAGGCUGAGGGGGAUCAUGGACGGGUUCGCAUCAUGA